AUGGACCACUCGUCAGAAGCGUCCGAGCUGGCGCUGGAGCUGCGCGAGCUGCAGAGAUGGACAUCGAUGCUGGACGAGAGUCAGCGCAUGACCGCGACGCUGCAGAUGAUGCGAGACGCGACGCUGGAGCAGGUGCGCGUCCUGAUGCAGGUGCUGCGGGAGCGAGAGGCCGAACUUACCACCCGAUACAUUCCCAUCCCCGACGCUCGGCUCUGCACCAAAGGUACAUUAAUCAUCCCUAUCAUCCGGGUGCUGGGGGAGGAAGAGAAGAACACUGACACGCCUGGUAGAUUUUCCGGCUUUUCUCAGCUCCUCGCCCGGAUCGACUUCGCCGAGCAGCAGCAGCGUGAGCAGUAUCAACACCACCUCGACAGCGCCCAGCAGCAGCAGCAGCAACAGCAACAAGAUCGCAUACUUCCACUCGCGGAGCCCGAUCCAUUACCAGCGGUCACGUUCGACGGGAUCUGCAUCUUCCCCCCCACCCCAGACAUCGCGCGGGUCAUCCGAGACAUUUUCUUCACCAUCACCCGCCGCUUCUUCGCCGCACUAUCUCGGGUCCCCUUCGCCGCGCCACCCCUCGCCCAGCUCGCAGCCCAGCUCACCCUCAUCAACCUCACCGCCAUCCCGCUCCGCGCGGCCGAAGGAACCCCGCCGGCGCGCCCUCGGAAAUCUCUUCCGUACCCGCGAGACGACGAGGUGGAUCCGCGCUGGCUGCGCAAGUGGCUGCACGCGCUGCGGCUGCACAAGUACACGGCGUGCUUGGAAGGGCUGAGCCCGUCUCGCUUGUUGGAGCUGCACGACCAGGAGGAGGACCUGAUCGAGCGCGGGAUCUGCUCGAUUGGGGCGCGGAAAAAGUUGAUGGCGGCACUUCACGAGGCGCGGGAAAAUAAAGCGAAAGCUUGA